GAAUGGAGAAGGACCUGCAAGUUGCCAGGUUUAACCAGAAGCUCUGAACUCUGUUUGAACACAAGAGAGCUUGUCUCAACAUAAACAUAAAGAAAUCAACUGUUCCGUACUCCCAAGACUAAGACUUCAACUACUCCAUCGAUACCUAAACAAUUUGCUUGCUUUGAAAGUAGCAGUGAUGCUUUAUUAACGCAGAAGAUUCGACUUAGAACUAUCAAGAAAAGAAAAGGUUUUCCAAGAAAAUGCGCAUAAGGCUACCCUUUGCAGGUAAAUCACACUCUAGCUAAACUCCUAGUUCCUUGUCCCUCCCCUCCUUCUCCACACCAUGUUACUCUAUCCUAUCCAUAAUACACUCCCGCUUCCCCAGAGAUCCUCAAAACUAAUACACCGUCUUCACAACAGGAGCAUUCCUGUUCCUUCUCUUGCUCGCCGGUUAUGCGGGUUUAACAUCCAUCCAGGUCGACGCAGUCAUCAACGACAAAGUCCUACACACCGUAACCUUCUUCAUUCUCACCGUUGUCUUCUACUGGAUCCUCGACACCAGUCGUCGAAGAACCCUCAACUUUACUCUAAUAUUCUGCACCGGCAUUCUUGGAGUGGGUUCUGAAUUCCUCCAAGGUUUCUUGCCCAAUGGGCGAAUCUUUGAUUUUUACGACAUAGUCGCAAAUAUCGUGGGUUCGCUAGCUGGUGUAGCAUUAUGUAGUUGGUAUCAUUUACGAAUGUUGGAGCGGAAACGACUGGCGAAGACGUAUCAUGUGGUACCUGGGGAUGAAGAUCAAGACUUGGAACUGGGAGAGGGAGUGGGAGCACAGGAGAGUGGUGUGACUGCGGCGUCGAGGACACUAGAUGAAGAGGUUGAUAAUUGGGACGAGAAUGUGGAGGAUGCUUGGGAUGAGGAUGAGAAUACAGGUGGUAUGAAUAGUUCUAACGGCGAAGGGUUGAAAACACCUAGUGCUAGUAGCGCGGGUGAGGUUGAAGCGGACUUGAAGAAAAGGGCAGACUAAGUUUCAAUAAGAUUUGCUAUGAUGUUACGGAUAUGAUUGGCUACGACGUGGUCUUACGAGGGAACGAAAUUUAAGAAUUCCUUAAUGAUGGAAUAUGUUAGGUGAUCGGAUGUAUAUUAGGUUAUAUUUCAAAAAAGGAAAGCACCGUUGAGGGAAUCUAAGGCACUGGCAUUACUCAUACUAAUUCCU